AUGUCAUGGGCAUCACGUCGCAAGACAUCCAGGGUCGAGGACAUUGCAUAUUGUCUUCUGGAAUCCGGGGACUUCGGACGUGAAAAGCAAGGGGACAUUCCCCGCUCACCUUAUACAAUCACCCACAGAGGUCAAGGGGACAUUCCCCGUUCACCUUAUACAAUCACCCACAGAGGUCUGUCUAUCACUCUCAACGUCAGAAAGCUUGGCCCCCACACGUGGGCGGCCCCAAUCAAAUGUUGGAAGAGGAAGAAGGAUAACUCUCGGCAGAUAUGUAUUACUCUGGUCGAAAUGACCACAGCUGUCAUAACGAGAUUCGAACCUCACGUGCACCAAUUUGUAGAAGUUUCCAACAUCCAACAGUACAUUGAGGACAAGACAUUCUAUGUGUCGCUUGAAGACCCUCAACUAGAUGGUUUGCCCAUAAAGGCUGUCAGAAACAUUCCCGCACUCGCAAAGAUCAACUUCCUGGGGUUCACAAAAGAGAGAACUCAAUGCGCGUUCUGGCAUUCUUCCCAAAAGACAGGACCAUUUAGCGCAAAAACUACACCUUCACUAGCUUUGAAACCACCACGCUCCAUUCUUCGAUAUCUCGAGGUCACCCUCCAAGUCCAAGAUGGUUCUACUUUGGCAGGCUGGUCGGUGUACCAGUCAAGACCCUCAAUCUGGCCGGAAGUCCGAAAAGUUCGUUCUCAAGAUCUGAAGCAGUUCGGGACAGCUGCUCAGAUUUCUCACGGAUUUGAUGACGAGAAUACCCUUCUUCCUAAUGAGCCACUGCUAUACCCUGUUCAGUCUGGAUGUUUGAUGCGCUUUGAUUUACGACAGGAAUACCAGAAUGAGUGUCGAGUCUUAAUCCUUGAUGUCACGUCUACAGAUCUGUAUCCCGAAGGAGUGCUAGAGGGCAACGUUUUGCAUAAUCAGACCCAGCAGUAUAAAGACUCACUUUAUUAUCAUCGACAAUUGGAGAAGAAGCAGCUAGAAGGGAGCGCAAGAAGUGAGUUCGGGUUUUCGAGACCUACAAUUGUUGCUAACGCUGGUGAAUGA